AUGAUGAUUGAAUGGGAAAAAUACUUGGACAUAAACAUUUUUUCUUCCUACUUACGCGGAAUGUUAUUUACAAAAAUAGUUUCUCUAACUGACUAUCUAUCUAUCUAUCUAUCUAUCUAUCUAUCUAUCUAUCUAUCUAUCUAUCUACAUCAGCAGGAGAAUUAUAUUAAUUUGCAUCUAUCUAUCUAUCUAUCUAUCUAUCUAUCUAUCUAUCUAUCUAUCUAUCUAUCUAUCGUUUUCUUCUCAAUGGAGUCAAAUUCUGAUUUCAGAUUAACUCAUUUUGCUGUGGAGUCUUGUCAAUGCAAAGCAUGGUUCAUUAACAUUACCUGGUAUUUAACUCAAAGAAAAAAAAUUAAAGUUGAGAACAAGAACAAAAAUCUUCCUCAUAUUCGGCUGUUUUUCCUGUAUCAGCUUAAUGCUUUCCUUUCUCAUCUACUUAUUGUUGGUGCAGUCGAUUCGUUUCCUUGA